AUGAUACUUGGUGAAUCAAAUGGAAUACUUGAUGGAUCAAUCGAAAUACCUUAUGGAUCAAUUGAAGCACCGGUGAAAGUAGCACGUGAAAUAGGUAUCCGUUUUCCGAAUUUGCCGGGUUUCUCGUCCAGCAUGGUUCGUCGUGAAGCACAGAUGACAGCAUCAGCUAAUGCUGCUACAUCGGGAACGGGGAUGACAUCAUCUAGCACCACUUCCGCUAUCGUUACAUCGUCGACGGCACCAGCUACUGAAUUGAUUUAA